CUAGAUCACACUGAUUUCAUCGUACUGCAAGAUGCCUAAUACGACGCCUAGCCAAAAAGAAAGUCUUACCAACAAAAACGAAGAAGCAGAGACAGCGAUUCCUCCCUCAAAGAAAACGCCAUGGAUUCCAAUAAAUGCCUUUAAGAUUGGUUAUCAGGUGCGAAGAUUGUUCGAUGACGGAGAGUGGUACGUUGCUCGAGUCAUGACAGAACCUCGCUUGGUCUUUGAUGUAGAAAAGGGCAUAGAUGUUCUCUCUCGAAAAGUGAAGUAUUAUUUCGACGAACAAGAAGAAUGGUUCGAUGAACAGCAAUUGAACGAAUAUGCCUACAACGAAGGUGACCAUAAUGUUGGCAGUGAUCACUUUUUUGACGGGUAUGAUGAUCAGUCUAACUCUGACGAUGAUGGAAAUUACGCUGAGAAUGAGAAUAUCAUGAACAAAGAGGGAGAUGAACGCCAUACCUCGUUCCCUGAUUUCCCUAGUGACGGAGAUGACAGCAAUGGUGUCACUACCAAAUCAUCUCCGAAAAGCAAGAACCAGAGCACCGGAGACUACCGCGUUGAGCCCCAAAAAAUGCCUUCGGCAGAUGUGGAAAUCGCAARAAGGAAGGAAGACGAACUUAAAUGCACCUCGUUUCCUGAUUUCCCCGUAGACCCUGAAGACGAAGACACCGGUUUCGCUACAAAGCCUUCUCCAGAGAAGAAUAAGCAGAGCCCAGGAGACUGUCACCGCGAAUCCAUAGGGGCCACAGGAACCGCAGAAAGGAAGGAAGGCGGAGUUAAAUGCAUAUCGUUUCCCGAUUUGGCUGGUGAGGCUGAAGAUGGAAGUCCUGGUGUCCCUAUCUCACCUUCUCCGAAAAAGAAAAAACAGAAAUCCAACGACUACAACAACGAGCACCAAGAAAACUCUGCGACAGCCACAKGAAACAUCACUGCCGGUUCACAGAAAAGUGCAGAGUGCACGGACAAAAAACGUCUUCGUGAUUUACCGCAUUCCGAACAUCCGUUUUCCGCAACAACAUCUAGGAACCUGUCUGUUUCCUCUUCUUCCUCUGAUGAGAAUGUUAAUCGUAGGCGAAGCAACAGGGAGAGAAAAAAAGUUGAAAGUUAUCUUUCUGCAUCUUCAGUGGAAUUCUCGUCUUCUUCCAAGAAGCCUCCUUCCAAUGGCACUAGUAAUGGAAGAAGAAAGACUGGCAAAUUAGGUGUAAACAAUUUAACGAAAAAGGAGGCUAGGCAUAUACUCAUCGAUAAAAUGGGCAUUUGCGAGAAAGAGGUCGAUUGGGCACUUGACAAAAUGCCUCCCCCAUACAGCCAAAAUGAAGUAGUAAAUUUUAUUCACAAGGAAAGGGAAAAGAAGGAAAAUGGAUCGAACGACGGCUCUGAGCAAGUCUUUGUAAGAUUUAAGCCCGAAACCGGGAUGAAGGUUCGCGUUAGGGAAGGCGGGUCUAGCUAUCACGGGGAGGUAACGAAAGGUCCAACUUAUAUGAAGAAACAGGGAGACUCAGAGCCACACAAAUUCUGGGAAGUUACCUUUCUCGAUGGAAAGAAGGAAGAUUUGGAUUGGAAUGAACUCUUUCUUAACAGAGCGAGUCGCCCCAUCGUGAAAGGUGAUGGCUGUCGCGGACGAACCUUGUACGCGUUAGAACUGUUCUCUGGAGAAGGGAUUGUGACGCAAGAAUUCUGCGAAAAAAAGUGGUGUGUCAAAUCGAUAGACAAUCGCCCUGAAUCCUACGCUACGAACAUCCUAGACUUAAUGGAGAUAAAGUACCGGGAUAUUGGGUUUGUACCAGAUUUCAUAUGGGCCUCACCUCCGUGUACAACAUGCAGCCCUCUUUCUGGAAGCCACCAUCGUGACUGCAAAAACGGUGAAUUUGAAAAGACAAAGGAGGCAUCUGACCAUAAUCUUCUAAUGGCUCAGAUGAUGUAUAUCUUGAAUUGGGCGAAAAAGAAGAAUCCUCAUUUGAUCGUGGUCAUCGAAAAUCCGCGAGGACAGAUGCAGAAUCUUCCUAUGAUGAUUGAGUUUGCGAGGAAUUUUGGCCUUCAUAAAGCAACUGUAGACUACUGUGUGUUCGGGCGCCCUGACAAGAAACCCACAAAUCUUUGGACUAACGUGAGUGACACGUGAAGUGCGAAUCGAUUUAUUGUGAAAAAUUCUUCUCUUGCUAACAUUGUGCGCGUCUUGUUGUCAAUCUAAACGUCUGGGUUUGAUUUGCAAAACUGCCAGGAGUAUGAUCUGUUUUCAAGAUUGAGCCUUGAUUUCCGUUGUAGGGAAGAUACUUGUCCCUAUCAUUGUAGUAGGCACCCAGCAAGUGCUCGUGGUUAUACAAACAUAUUCAACGUGGCAGCAAUACCUAAGCAGCUUGCCGAAGAAGUUGCCGAUUACGUUCACUCAAGAUUUUAUUUUGAUCGAGUCGCUCAUUCUCCCAGAGCGACUCUUUCCCGUGAAGAAGAAGAAGAGUUUGACUUUCGCAUGUCUCGGGGUUAAUACUUUCUCCUUGACUCAAAAUGAAUAUCAUGCUUCAACACAAGACUAUGUCAUUGGGCACAAGAUUUCAAGAACUAAUUCAUUCCUCUACUGGUAAAAUUUGUGGAUAGUAGACAAUUGAUAACUAUCGCAGAUUUAAUUGUAAUCCAGCUUAUUCCAAUUCAAUUGUGUACUUCUCGAUAAAAACAUGUACAAGUGCAUCAUUUCAUUUAUGAUUUAUCCGAACAAUAAUAUUUGUGAAAUGGUUUGAUAGACUCUGAUGAUCACUGUUCGGAUCUCAAAAAUUUCCGCGAUAUUUCGCCAUUUCUAUCAUCUCGGCUGACACGAAACCAGAACACUAAUACAAAAUCUUGAAAAAAAGCAAGCCAGAAAUAAAGACAGAGAAGACUGUCGCACGAAUACUUCCAGCRGAGCUUUCAURUACGGUAUCGACAGCACCAUCACUAGAAACAAGAUCGCCAACUUGUCCGACAUUAUCACCAUCACUCUCGACAUUUACAGUUUCUUCUGAGAGAGCACAAGCAGGAUUUCGCUCAACUCCUUCAAAGAUGCUCUUCGGGAUCAGGGCAUGCAUGCCCCAGUUGCCAUCAACUAAUUGGGUCAUUCCAAAGUUAACCGCUUGCGUGAUGAUAGUCCAUGCUUCAAAUUCACUCAAACUGUACUUUGCCAUCAUCCAUUUUCGAGUUUGCGUGAAGGCGUUCUUCAUUGCAGGAUCAAUUGCAGAGUCGCCAUACACCCCACUUUCUUCACCGGGGGCGAAAUCCUCUAGAUAAUCUGUGUGAGUAAAAGCCUACAAAUCCAGAAACAAACGAGAAUGAUCAUUAGUUUAUGAGCAAUUAAUACGCACAAGCCUUCACGUAAUCCAUUCAAGACUGCUAUGUUAAUCCAACUUACAUGAAUGAUCCAUUGAUCCUCUGUUUCACCCAAGGGGAAGUCUUGGACCUUCAUUGCUUCAUCAAAAUCUGCUGCCUUAAUCAAACUGAUUUUGAAUUUCCCAGUGAUACUCGUUUCGAUUCCAGUUCCGUCCAGCUCGCUAUCUCCUUGCGCCGCAUGAGCAUCGCCCAUGCUCAACAAACCCCCAGCUACCUCCACAGGGUAAUACAUUGUGGUUCCUUUUCCAAUACGUUUAUUGUCGAGAUUGCCACCUGUGGGAAGCGGUGGAAUCGAGUCAACAUACGAAUGCGAUCCUGGUGCGAGCCCCAUGCAGCCAACGUGCAUAUUGACAGGGAUUUUUGCACGGAAGACGUCGUCAUAGUAGGUGAUAUUGUCAUCUUUCAUCCAGCCCAUAUCUAGAACAUCCGAAGACACGAAUGAAGUGGACCCAUGAGGUUCGUGCGGUACACAAGUGCCUGGAUAAGCAAUAUAGUCACGCAUAGUUCCGUCAGGAUCGGUCAAAACUGGCCAUUGGUACUGAUAAAGUGGCACUGCAUAUGACUUGCCAUCAGCUUCGUCUAUCAUUUCAUAUAUUGUAAUAAUUUCAUCAUUUUCAUCUGGAGUGUCUGUAAAGGUUCCUGCGCUGAAAGAUGAACCAUCCGCUUUCGGAAAUCUCGCCUGAUAACCCCACCAAGCCGCUGCGUUAGAGCCAAAAGUCUUCCCUUCUGGAUUUGGUCUGAAAGAAAGAUCCAAAAUUUCGACCGCAAUCAUAUCGCCUGGCUCGGCAUCUUGAACAAAAAUUGGGCCUGUCAAAACGUGAACACCAUCACCUCCUGAUGUUGCUCCUCUCUGGGCUUCGUUUUGCUUAGCGGGAGACCAAUGGAAUAUAUCUUCCAUGCCUACAGAAAUAUAGAAAGAGGUAAAUC